CAGUGACUCAAAGGGCAACAAAUGCACACUGAUAAACUGAAUGUGAACUUCCAGUGCCAGCUGAGAUAGGCUCUGGCUCCACUACAAGCCAUAAAUAUGCAGCUGAGAGUGGCAGUGUUUGUCAGUAGGUGAAUUUACCCUCAGAGACAGGUGAACUCUUUAUAAAGAAGAAAAGGGUAAAUUCCAGCAUUCAAGAGAAACAAGAAAGCCCUCAUUGAGUUAGCACAUAUUUUGCAGGUCCACAAAGCUGGUUAAGACCACCACGUCAUGGAGAACAUCACAGAUGCGAUCAGCAAAUCACCCUACGGCCCAAAAAUGGAAUUUGGCACAAAAAACUGGGGUGUUACGGUAAACAACAACUUGGCUGCAGGAAUUCUCCUCUCCACCUCUCUGCUGGGCCUGGUUACCUAUAUCGGUGCCUUCUCGUUCCAACGAGGUGCACUAAGCCUCCUUAAAAAUAGCUUCAUCACAUCCUUUUCAUGUGAGCACAUGAACCUCAAAGGUGCUCAAAACACCCAUGUCUCUCUUUUUGCUCUGAUUUUCAUCGAUGUUCUAAAUGUGAUUGGAGCAAUGACCUUUGGAGGAGAGCUUGUUGCGUCUGUCUGCUGGUAUGGAAAUACAUGUCAGUACACUUUUGAGCUGUGGGUCUUCUCAAGACGGUAUUUGGUGAUGAUACAUCUCCUGACAGCCCUCAUUUCAAUCCUUUACCUCUGCCACCCACACCUGGGUUCCAAACUACGCUGUGUUUUCUCUGUGGUGUCUUUGUUGAUUUGUGUUUUAUACUAUAGUUCUGUGCUCUACACCAUUGAGGCAGAAUACCUACUAGAAAUUCUCACCUGUGGAUUGGCUGUGGCCAUUGUUUUAACAGCUGCUUUGGGCUCUGCUGCCACAGGGGGGGAAAAAGUGAAGAUAGGGAUCACAGUUAUCUCAAUGAUCACUUUCUUUGCUGUCUACUUUCCCAAUUUUGUUCUAAGGUACCUAGUCUACAGCAGGUUGACAGCUGACUACGAGACAAUUUAUGCAAAUGUUUAUUAUUUCACAAAUUUUAACGUCUUUCUUGAUGGACUCUUGUGUUGCUUAAUCCUGAAAUUGUCUGAUGGAGAAAAAGAGGAUGAAAUACAGCAAGGAUGGCAGCAGCAACCUUCUCAAAAACAAUGGCAGCAACAGCAACCACCACUGCAACGUGGCUUACAUUAUCCAAUGGUUCAUGUUAAUACAAAUGCAUUUAAUCCAUAUAACAGACAAACCUGGAAUUAAGUCUCUGCACCAUGAAGGUUGAUGUGAUUUGUGUUCAUUAGUAGGUGUGAUUGGAUCACAAAUCCAACCUUUGAUUUUUGUCUUUCAGUUGUCUGUAGCUGUGGACACUUAAAAAAAAAAUGAUUUGAUUUGGAUGACUGAGGAUGGGCUUUACUCGAGGUUGAUUUGUAACAGUUUUUAGUAGAUGGCUAUACUUCUCUAAAAGUGCAUGGAAGAUGAAAUCAUUCUCCCUGUGAUAUAAAUCAUCCAGUAUAAAAAGAGCAAGAAUAAAUGUGCAAUCAUCUCUAUAAUCACAUAAAGGUCUAUAAAUGACACGGAUGUUGUGAGAAGUAAUUGUGAAUUUGCACACAUUGUAAAGUAAAUAAUAUUGUAAAUAAAAUCAG